CGAUAAAUAAAAAAAGGCCUCGCACGGCCUGUUGUUACUAUGGUUACAUUCGAUCAACUUUAAAAUCUGAGAAGAUUAUUUUAACGGUUUGCUCGCUAACAACCAGCAGGUAUAAAAAAAAUGUAGUCGCUGUCUAAUGUAAACUUUUUAUACAUUUGGUACGUGUGUAAAUGUGUUAUAGUUUAGCUGCAAAGCCCAGUCAUGGAAACUUACGUUGACAACCUCAUUGAGGAUGAAGCAGAGUUUGAGAUUCUUCAUGCCAAACCCACCUGCUUCAUUAUUAUUGGGAAGCCGGGGGUUGGCAAAUCUUGUCUUGCCAGAAAAUUAGCCAAGUUUUGGAAUUGUGUCUUGAUUGAUGACACAGAAUUGCUCAACCAACAUAUCAGUGAUAAAACAGAAAAAGGAUUAGAGCUUCUCGAGAUUUUGACUCAAGGCAAAAGUAUCUCUGAAGAUAUGAUGGUCCAGCUGAUUCUUGAGAAGCUCAAGUCACCAGAGGUUGAACACUAUGGUUACGUGCUCAGCUGCAUGCCCACCAUGUCAGAGGAGUACUUGAAGAUACAGGAACAGAUCGAGCUCAUCAAGAACCUCAGACUGGCACCUGAUUUCAUCAUAAACAUCAAGUGUCCGGACAGGGACCUAACCAACCGCCUGGCGGGCCAGAGGCAGCACCCCGAAACGGGCAGGGUGUUCCUCAUGGAUCAGUGGGACCCGCCGAAGAAGGACACUACCAAGAAGAAUAUGGAGACGGAGGCGGAAGGGGAGGAGGAUGAUGAGGAGCAGCUGGAGGAAAAUGAAGUGCAGCCAAUCCUACACAAAUACAUAUUAUUCUUAUUGGCUUUUUUAGACGUGUUGUUAUAUUCUCACUAGGCAGGCUUGCCUGUAAGGCAAUCACAACUCUAGAUUUUUUACAGUCUUAUUAUUAUUAUUCCAAUUUCUUACACAUGCUCUAGAACCUAAACGAUUAAAGUUAUAAUAUGCAAUAUUUAUAAGCUACAUGGCAAUAUUUAAGUGAUCUUCUAAUGCAUUUCAAUGUGAAAACAUUUGCAUAGACUUAAAUGGGGGACCAUUUUUUUCUUUGACUAUGACCAUGGUAAUUAGGCUAAUUUGCAUAAUUAGUGUUCAUUCAUCCAAAAAUAGUAUCUCUUGAACCGUUAAAGCUAGAGGGAUGAAACCUAGGCUGUCGAACAUAAAAUCCAUGAAUGGUUAUCAACUAUAUUUACAUUAACUAUUCUAGUUUGCAUAAUUAACAUUAAUUUCCCUUUAAAAAGUAUCUCAUGAACCAUUCAAGCUUAAGAGACCGAACCAACUUUGUUUCACAUCCCAUCACAUCACUAUCCCAGCUUAUCAUUCUUAAGAGUAUUCAACUUUGUUAAUAUUAAUUAGGUUAAUUUAUAUUAUUACAGUUAAUUAACCCUAAAACAGUAUCUUUUGAACUGUACAAGCUAGAGAACAAACUGAAUGCAUUCAUUUUAUCAACUUAAACUAGUUUUCUCAACUUGAACUAGUAGACAUUUUUAACUUAUGAGUGUAUUAAUUAACCAAAUGUGUAUCAUUAGCGAUAAUUAACCCUAAAGUAGUAUCUCUUGAACCGUUCAAGCUAGAGUGACCAAACCAACUUUGUUAAACCUGUUUAGGCUUUUCCAACAAAAUUCUUAAAUGUUUAUCAACUAUCUCUUUAUUAACAUGCCUAAUUUGCAUAAUUACCUAUGAUCUUGUAAUGGUUCUUACGGAGCCACUCCUUAGUUGCCCUGGCUGUGU